AUGGCCGACGUACCCGACGAAUCCGCCACCCAAACCCAGGCCCGCGGGUGCAGCUCGUACCCCUUCUCGUUCCCUUCCCAGCCGCCGGACAUCAGGAACUGGUUCUCGAGUUACCAGUACGAGUCGCCGGAGGUGCCGGAGCUGGCUGUUGACCCUCCUGCUGUCCACAACGGCAGCGAGACCCAAGACCCAUCGGAGUACCGGGUGGCUGAGCAUUCAUUUCUGAAACACGCCCCUCGGGAUGGCGGUACCGAUUUGAAGGGGGGCUGUUUGGGGAGCCAAGCACAAGCAGAACCCGCUGAGGUUUCUGCUAGAAGAGACAUCCUUCCGAUUGGUAGGAGCACGGUGGAACAGGGCACGAAAAGGAAGCAAAGUCUGCGGGGGCUGUUUGGGGCAGGUUUUCUGGACGACCAUGAAGAAGCUACACAAACUGAAGGCCGUGUCGUGUCGCCUGUGCAGAGAAGUGCAGUGGAUCCUCCGUGGAACCGCAACUGGGUGGGCUUACAGAAUAGAAAGCGCAUCCAUGAAGGCGUAGUUGAACACAGCGAGCUGCUGACGGAUAGUGAGGGCACUUGUAUAGCUGAAACUCAAACUGAAAGUCGGGUGGUGUUGCCUGUGCUGAGAAGUGCAGUGGAUCCUCCUUGGGACUGCAACUGGAUAGGCUUGCGGAAUAGAAAGCGCAGCCAUGAAGGCGCAGUUGACGACAACGAGCUGCUGACGGAUAGUGAGAGCACUUGUAUAGCUGAAACUCAAGUAAAGCCCCCAGGAGGUCAGGAGACUAACCACACCAAACGGCCAGUAAAUUGUGGUGGUACUAGUUUAGCAGCAGAUACUGAAGAAGGUUUCCUUGAAGAUGGCAAUGAACAUUGCAACCUGCCAGUUGAUUCUCACAGUAAAGGCCUAGCAGAUGCUGAGAAAACUAAACAAAGUCUGCGAGGGUUGUUUGAAGCAGGUUUUUUAGACAACGGUGACGAAGCUACUCAAACUGAAAGUCGGGUGGUGUCGCCUGUCCUGAGAAGUGCAGUGGAUCCUUGUUGGAACCGCAACUGGAUAGGCUUACGGAAUAGAAAGCGCAGCCAUGAAGGUGCAGUUGAACACAGCGAGCUGCUGACGAAUAGUGAUAGCACUUGUAUAGCUGAAACACAAGUAAACCCCCCAGGAGAUCAGCAGACCAACCACAGCAAACAUCCAGUUAAUUGUGGUGGUACUAGUUUAGCAGCAGAUACUGGCCUAGAAGAUGGCAUUGAACAUAGCAACCUGCCGGAUAAUUUUCCUAGUAAAGGCCUAGCGGGUAGUGAGAAGCCUAAGCGAAGUCUGCGAAAAUUCUUUGGAGCAAGUUUUCUUGACGAUUGUGAUGAAGCUAAUGAAUAUGAAACUCGGGUGGUGUCGGCUGUACAGAGAAAUGCAGUGCAGCCUCUGUCAAAUUGCAAUGCUGCAGGCUUGCCUCACAUCGAACAUAUCCGUGAAGGCACAGUCAGAUACAGUGAGCCACCGGCAGAUCAUGAAGGCAUCAGUAUAGCUGAAACUCGAGAAAAUCCCCAAGCAGGUCGGGUGAUCGAACACAACAGACUGCCUGCUAACUGUGGUAGAAUGAGUUUAGCAGCAGAUACUGAAGAUGGUUUACUAGAAGAAGUUAUGGAACACAGCAAACCGCCAGUCAAUACUCAUAGUCAAGUCCUAGCUGAUACUGAGAAAACUGGCAUCAAACACCACAUACUGCCUGCUAAUUCUAAUGGUAUUGGUUCAGCUGUCACAGAAGAAAGCUUUCCUGGAGAUGAAAUCAGCCGAAGCAAGCGUAAACUGGAGCAUAAGAAAACAGAAGAAACAGCUGCGGCGGAUGGUUUUGUUGCCAUCAGGACAAAGGUGAAGCCAGCUGAGGAUUUCAGGACAAACAAGAUUCCCAAGGUCUCAACAGGAAGAAAGAACACAACAUUGCAAGAGAGCCGCUGCAUAUCGAGCACUACUCCUUUGGUCCAAGGUAGCACUAGAAGCCCCUUGUCAGAUAGGACCAAUAUUUCAGAAGUUGCAGGAGCUCCAUCACAGGAGAUCAGCGGCAAAUGGAAGCACCCUCGCAAAGGCAAGCCCAACGUUGGCCCUCCGAUGAUACAGCUGCGGUUGGAACAAUGGGUGCGCCGAGUGUAA